AUGCAAGAGAGACUAAGCAUUUGGGAAAGGGUUGCAAUGGUGUUUUCCUGGGGAGAAGUUCUAGGAGCCCGGCGACAACUGCUUUCGCUUCUGCUCCUCGCACUCUGGGAGACCGGGAGCGGCCAGGUCCACUACUCGGUCCCCGAGGAGGCCAAACACGGCACCUUCGUGGGCCGCAUCGCGCAGGACCUGGGGCUGGAGCUGGUGGAGCUGGUGCCGCGCCUGUUCCGGGUGGCGUCCAAAGGCCGCGGGGACCUUCUGGAGGUAAACCUGCAGAAUGGCAUCUUGUUUGUGAAUUCUCGGAUCGACCGGGAGGAGCUGUGCGGGCGGAGCGCGGAGUGCAGCAUCCACCUGGAGGUGGUGGUGGAGCGGCCGCUGCAGGUUUUCCACGUGGAGGUGGAGGUCAAAGACAUUAAUGACAACCCGCCGGUUUUCCCAAUGGCUGUAAAAAAAUUGUUUAUUUACGAAUCCCGGCCGCCUGGCUCUCGGAUUCCGCUAGAGGGCGCAUCAGAUGCAGAUGUAGGAGUGAAUUCGCAGCUGACCUACAUUCUUAACUCCAAUGAAUAUUUUACCUUGGAUGUUAAAAGGAAUGAUGAGGAAAUUAAAUCCCUUGGGCUCGUGUUGAAAAAACUGUUAAAUCGGGAGGACACUCCUGAGCAUCGCUUACUAAUAAUGGCAGUUGACGGUGGGAAGCCCGAGCUCACGGGCACUACUCAAUUGACCAUCACCAUUCUAGAUGUGAAUGACAACGCCCCCGAGUUUGAGAAGUCGGUCUACAAAGUCAGAUUAUUCGAAAAUGCAUCAAAUGGUACUCUAGCAGUGAUUGUUAACGCCUCUGAUUUAGAUGAAGGAGUAAAUAAGGACAUUGUAUAUUCUUUCAGUACAGACACGUCUGCGGAUAUUCUGUCGAAAUUCCACUUAGACCCGGUUAAUGGAUACAUCAGUGUAAAGGGUAACUUAGAUUUUGAGGAAACCAAGUUAUACGAAAUCCAGGUGGAAGCAACAGAUAAAGGAAUGCCCCCAAUGGCAGAUCACUGCACUGUCCUAGUGGAAAUUCUAGACACCAAUGAUAAUGUACCUGAGUUGGUUAUCAAAUCACUAUCCUUGCCUGUAUUAGAAGAUGCUCCGCUCGGCACAAUCAUCGCCCUGAUUAGCGUGUCUGACCGCGACUCCGGUCCCAACGGGCAGGUGAGCUGCACUCUGUCGCCACACGUUCCUUUCAAGCUGGUGUCCACCUUCAAGCACUACUAUUCACUGGUGCUGGACAGCGCCCUGGACCGCGAGAGCGUGGCGGACUACGCUGUAGUAGUGACCGCGAGGGACGGGGGCUCGCCCUCGCUGUCCGCCACCGCCAGCGUGUCCGUGGAGGUGGCAGACGUGAACGACAACGCGCCCACGUUCGCGCAGCCCGAGUACACGGUGUUCGUGAAGGAGAACAACCCGCCCGGCUGCCACAUCUUCACGGUGUCCGCGCGGGACUUGGACGCGCAGGAGAACGCGCUGGUGUCCUACUCGCUGGUGGAGCGGCGGGUGGGCGAGCGCGCGCUGUCGAGCUACGUGUCUGUGCACGCGGAGAGCGGCAAGGUGUUCGCGCUGCAGCCUCUGGACCACGAGGAGCUGGAGCUGCUGCAGUUCCAGGUGAGCGCGCGCGACGCGGGCGUGCCUCCUCUGGGCAGCAACGUGACGCUGCAGGUGUUCGUGCUGGACGAGAACGACAACGCGCCCGCACUGCUGCCGCCUGGGGCGGGCAGAGCGGGCGGCGGCGCUGUGAGCCAGCUGGUGUCGCGGUCUGUGGUCGCGGGCCAUGUGGUGGCGAAGGUGCGCGCGGUGGACGCGGACUCUGGCUACAACGCGUGGCUGUCUUAUGAGCUGCAGCCGGCGGCGGGUGGUGCACGCAGCCUGUUCCGGGUGGGGCUGUACACGGGCGAGAUUAGCACGACGCGCACCUUGGACGAGGUCGAUGCGCCACGCCAGCGCCUAUUGGUGCUGGUGAAGGACCACGGGGAGCCCGCGCUGGCGGCCACGGCCACCGUGCUGCUGUCGCUAGUGGAAAGCAGCCAGGCGCCAAAAACCUCAUUCCAGCCGUCUGCGGGAGCAGUGAGCACAGGAACUGAGCUAGUGGAAGUCAAUGUAUACUUGAUCAUCGCCAUCUGCGCGGUGUCCAGUCUGUUGGUGCUCACACUACUGCUGUACACGGCUCUGAAGUGUGCGGUGCCGUGGACUGAGGGCGCGUGCGCGCCCGGGAAGCCAGUGCUAGUGUGCUCCAGCGCGGUGGGGAGCUGGUCGUACUCGCAGCAGAGGCGGCAGAGGGUGUGCUCUGGGGAGGGCCCGCCCCCGCCCAAGACAGACCUCAUGGCCUUCAGCCCCAGCCUUCCAGCUGGUUCGUUUAGCGGGGAGAGAGAAGAACAACUGGAUGUGGAUGCUGAUGUUUCUGCCAAAGUGAGUAAUUUUUAA